AUGAGUGGUGAGGAAUUACGAAAAUAUGUGAAUGUGGAGGUUUUGUGUAAGCACUACACUCCUGCAGCUGCGAUCGCCAUCAGUAAAUAUCUUGAGGACUUUAUGGUGUAUUUGAGCAACUUCGGCACCAUCACCGCCUCUUUCCGCAAGCAUGACGCCCAAGUGCUUCUUUUCCUCGACUGCCCCCUCUUCGUCAGACCCCCUUCGAAGGGUCAAAAUAAUAAUAAUAAAAACAACAAUAGUAAUAAUAGUAACAAUAGGAGUAGUGGUAGUGGUAGUGGGAGGCCGCAGCCACUCAACGUUGUGGUUCAAUUCCCCGCCGCGUUUCCCACCAUUGCGCCCUUCUGCAGUGUUGUGCCCGGCGGUGGAUAUCAACAGUGGCGGGUGCGGCAGCCGUCGCGGGUGGUGGCCGCCAACGGCGCCGUGCAGCUGCCGGAACUUUCACUUCUGAAGGGCGCCGCGCCGCCGUAUUCGCUGCUGGAGAUUCUUCUCGCCCUCACGGAGCAGUUUGAGUUGGAGUUCCCGCUCGUGCCGGCGGCAAACACCACGCCGCUCAACACAGCCGCAUCCACACAGGGAAGAAUUAACACAGCAGCAACAAACAUGUCAGAGGAGGAACGCAGAAGGACAAUUCAAAGGGCCGCAGAGGCGCUGAUGUUACACCUGCUUUCCAAAGCGGAGGGAUAUUUGGACACCAGAGAAGAAGCACUUCGUCAUUUGGGGCGUCUCUAUAAAUGUGGAGGCGCCAUGCGAGAGGCACGUGCUCUGCUAGAGCAGCGCAAAGCAGAUCUGCUACGUUAUUCCCCAGCGUUGGGGAAAGUAGAAAAGAUUACAGCAACACUGGAGCAACUUCCAGACUCUCCAGAAGUGCAUUCCACGUGUAUUGUGCCUGCGGAUGAACUACAGGCCCGUGCCCUUGAACUGUUAGGAGAGAUUCAUGCCUCAGAUGACUCGCUUGAACUUCUUGAGAGAUCGCUAAAGGCUGGACAGUUGUCAUGUGAAGAGUACGUGCGACGGGUAUCGGAUGUUGGCCGAGAACAAUUUGAGGCACGAUUUCUCUUUGGACGAGUGACAGAGGCCGUAAACCGCAGUGCGACGGGAACGGGACCUCGUUUACCACAAAAUACACCUCGCGCAAAUGCGGCCCAACGACAUACGGGCGAGCCUAUUAAAGUACCAACAAAGUUAGAGAAUGAGGAAGUUUUGUUGAGAGAGUUUCCAGAGGUUGGUACAGAGAUGAUUAAGGCAGUAUUGAAUCUUGCUAAUGGAAGUUUGUCAGAAGCC